AACCGUGCAGAACCUGAGCUUAAAUCCGCACCCUGCUUUACUUUAAAGCAUUCAUUGAAUCUUCCCCGUCUCGGAGCCUCAGCAGCAGCAGCAGCGGCGAGCGUUUACAGCAAUGGCCAAUUACAUUCACGUCCCAGAAGGCGCGCCCGUGGUCCCUAAAUUAGACGUAACCCUGGACGAGCACGAUUACAGAGCCGGAGCGCUGAAGCUCAUCAAGACGCUGAGACCCCACUGGAAACCCUCGGAGGUCAAAAUGAAGUCUUUCACCGACGGCAUCACGAACAAGUUGAUCGGCUGUUACGUCGGCGGGUCCAUGCAGGACGUGGUCCUGGUCCGGGUCUACGGGAACAAGACGGAGCUGUUUGUGGACCGUGAGAACGAGGUGAAGAGCUUCCGCGUCCUGCAGGCGCACCGAUGUGCUCCGCGCCUCUACUGCACCUUCAACAACGGCCUGUGCUAUGAGUUUCUGCAGGGAGUGGCCCUGGAGCCCGAGCACAUCCGCAGCCCUGCCAUCUUCAGGCACAUUGUGAGACAGAUGGCGAAGUACCACGCCAUACAUGCCCACAACGGCUGGGUGCCCCAAUCAGACCUCUGGCUGAAGAUGAGCAAGUUCUUUUCUCUUGUUCCUACACACUUUGAAGACCCCGAGAAGGACCAUAGGCUGAACAGUGAGGUGCCCAGCGCUGAGUGUCUUAGAGACGAGAUGAUCUGGCUUCAGCAGAACCUUUCUAAACUGGGUUCCCCAGUCGUUCUGUGCCACAACGAUCUGCUCUGUAAGAACAUCAUCUACAACCAACAGGAAGGAAAUGUCAAAUUCAUUGACUACGAAUAUGCUGGGUACAAUUAUCAAGCCUUUGACAUUGGGAACCACUUCAAUGAAUUUGCAGGUCUGAAUGAGGUGGACUACACCCUGUAUCCCGGGCGAGAGCUCCAGUUGCAGUGGCUCCGGGCCUAUCUGGAGGCCUACAAGGAGUACAAAUCACAGGGCACGCAGGUCUCCGGCACUGAAGUGGAGCUGCUCUACGUGCAAGUCAACCGCUUCGCCUUGGCAUCUCAUUUCUUUUGGGGACUGUGGGCGUUGAUCCAAGCUCAGUACUCCACCAUUGACUUUGACUUCUUGGGGUAUGCAGUUCUCCGUUUCAGCCAGUACUUCAAGAUGAAACCGGAGGUGACGUCCCUGCACCUUCCAGAAUAAUCUCUCAGGUCUUGGCUCGCGCUACUCCAGAAAAGGGCUCCCCCUGGUGGACACAAGAACUAGCCGGAGACCUCUUCAGUUUGUAGACUGAACACUGCACUUACUUGUCUGAACGCAUCAUUUUAGAUAAGCCCCAAAUCACCUCUGAACUCAAAGCUGGUUUAGCGUCGUAGUAAAAACAAGCACCCAAGCCCUCCUCCUGCGCUUUUACGUUGGCGGUCGAUCGAUCGAGAGAGAGAGAGAGAGAGAGAGAGAGAGAGAGGCUCGCCCCAGUGCCCUAGCCCAUUUUCAGUCAAGUGAAAUUGCCAAUUGAGGAAGCAGACAACUCGCGUAGAUGGCUUACUCUAGAGUCUCGACUUGCCAGUGUAAGUGAAGAGCGAUCCCUGGAGAAUCUCAGAUUAAGAAAAGCUCCCCAGAUACCGAUCCUGCGAGGACAGGGAAACCACAAUUAUCGUACGGAGACAGCGAGGAGGGCCGCUGGGUCCGUUUCCAGCGACUUAACUAUCACCCUAAAGGUCAUUCCUGCUUGUUUACACAACUUCUAAUGGGAGAAAUCGGUGUACUGUAAGAUAUCGUAGGCUUUACUGUAUGGAUAGUCGCUGAUUCCGUCUAUAAACGGUGAACUUUGGGCCCGUCUGUUCCUUACGAGGGUUGUUCCUGGCACAGCUGCGUUAAGAUGUGUAAUUCAGGGACCAAUAGAAGCUUCGUUGUUCGUUUCUGGCAGACGAUCCCUCCACCCCGUCCUGUCACUGUGAACCACUGUAUAGCGCAUUCAUAAAGUUUCUCAUUGUUAUCUCAGCGUGGUGCUUGGAGAAAGUAGACGCACAGUAGCCGUGGCUACAACGAGCCGGUAGCUAAUCCGAAGCCCACACCAAAGUGCUGAUAUUUCUUGCUUGUACAUUAUGCACAAUGUAUUUUUUCACGGUAGAAAUAACAUGUGGUAAUAUUUACAUUUCGAGCUGUGGUUUUGUACUUAUUUAAGUGGCGCUGUCACGGAGGUCGCUCUCGAGACGUGUGCUUUUUCUGGGAGGUAUCGGUGAACUUUUUGUAACGGAUGUAAUUCCUGGAAGCCUUAACGAUGGUAUCGCCUGCUGGACGCACUAAAGCUUUUGUAUUCGUAAACCCCCGGUCCGCUUAACUAAAUUACAGGCCUUUUUGCACAAACUCUGAUCGCUUUAAGAACAAAAUCAGUCCUCACUUCACCUUGCGACGGGCCGCUCUUUCUGCUUAAGGCUAGCUUUAACCGCACGUGGUGGGAGAUUUUUGGUAUUGCUUUGUUUUGCAGGGUCCCUGUUACUAAAUUUACUGCUAUAGGAAAAACUAUUUAUGUGUAACCAAGCUACACGGUAAUGGCGUAGUCGUUUAUUAAUACGAUCUUACUCGGAAAUGAAUCUGGAUUUUGAAAUGGACAAAAUGCCCUAGAAACGUUAAACGUAAGGGCAAAUAAUGUCCUUGGGCAAAUUAUACAUAUUUUUUUUAUCUGUUAUAAUGCUCUUCAGAAGUUUGGAGUCGACUAGAUUUUAUGAGUACUUUUAUUCACUUCCUUUUUAUUUUUAUUAAAGAAUCAUGAAAAAGUGUCACGUUACAGUUCCACAUUUAAUCAUAAAAAAAAUAUUUUUUGAGCACCAAAUUAUUAUAUUAGACUUAUUUCUGACACUGACGACUGUAAUAAUGGCUGCUGAAAAUUCAACUUUGCCAUAGAAGAAGUAAAUAACAUUUUAAAAGACAUUAAAAUAAAACAGUUAUAUAGUGCUGUAUAAACCCUAAUAUAUAGAGAGUUUUUUUUGACAAAUGAAUGCAGUCUUGGUGAGAUUAAGAGAUUUGUAAAAUGUUAGAAAAUCUUACUGACCCCAAACUUUUGAACAUUUCUUUUUUUUUUUUUUUUUUUUUUUUUUUUAAAAAGGCUGAUCCAAUUUUGUGUUUAGACACCACAGUUACCACCUAAAUCAACUGAUUUAUAUAUGAUAAAAAACACACCAAUCAAAAAAAAUCAAUUAUUUGACAAAAUAUCAUAGAGAACAAGAAAAAAAAGAUGCCACUGAAAUCAAUUCCACUUAGUUUCUGAUGCAUGAGCGAUGUGUUAUAAAGUUUUUUUCUUCAAGUCGUUUUCUGGUGCAAACCUCAGCUCUGAGACUUGCCUUCGCACCGCCUGGCUACCCUCAUUUACCUCAGUUUCCUGUGACAGUUUGCCUAUACUACAAACAACCAUAUACAAUUCUGUAAAUACUAGAAACUGUGAAUUUCUGGUUGUUUCAAUGUAUUUUGACACAAGCUUCUUUUUUCUAUGCCGGUUCUUUUGUAACUGUCAAGCUUGCACCUUGAUCACGUUUUUAAACAGUCAAAGACCACAAAGAAUGCUACAUGCUACUUUUUCCUUUCUUUUUCUUUUACACCAGAAAUGUUCAUCAAACAGUAGCAGUGGGAAAUUUCUCUUUCAACAGUCUGUGAAGAUGAUUUCCGAUUUCUUUGCACUCUUUAGCGUUUAUAUAAACCCCAAAGUGAUGGGUGGUUCCAACUUUUAGCCAAUGAAGUGCUUCUGGUGAACGUAAAGAUGUACAGGACUGCCUCAUGCAAGCGUCUACUGGCGGUUUUUAGCAUAGGUGUAUAUGUACAACUGUAAACAAACUGUAAAAGAAAAUCUUUGCUUCUUAUUAAACAAUGCCUGUUGUCAAUAACUAAACAGAGAUAUUCUUUUUCUAAGAAGAGCUGUUAGAUUUAAUAAUAAUAAUAUGGGGAUGAAAUCCUGAAGUGUUGCAUUGUAGAUUCUGUAUCAAAUCCAUUGAAUAGAAAUAAAGUUAAACCAACUAUA